AAUUCACAUAUGCAUCUUCCGUAGUCUCUAGAAAUAACAGCAGCAAGCAGACUUGUAUGAAUUGUACACAUCCAAUGACAGUUAAAGAAGGGGAAGGAAUGGGCCACCAUACAAGAAAAGACGUUCUACACACCUUUCAAAUGAACUUCUUCGCUAUGAGUCUUUUGAAUACAUUUCCAUGGGAUUCUUUAGACAGAGAAAUUAGGACUACAACAACUUCGGAUAUCAUAGUGGACAUUCUUCAGAAGACAUGUUUACAUCCCAUUUGUCUCAAGAAUCCCCCCUAUUUGAAAUACAGAAGACGUUUCCUAACUGAAUUGUUAAAAAGGCACGAGAUGUUUGCGGCUGAACCUCUGGAUGUACUGUAUGAAGCGCUCGGUGAGGUCAUGUGUGCACAGGAGGAGGACAUGUGCUACAAAACCUACUUACUGCCAACAGGAGAUGCUGUUAGUCUAGCAGAGAAUGUGGCCCUCAUCUCUGAAGGCACCACAGGUCUGGUUACCUGGGAGGCUGCCCUAUACCUGUCUGAAUGGGCGUUGGAAAAUACAUACAUCUUCAAAAACAAGACGGUUCUAGAGCUGGGUAGCGGAAUUGGACUUACCGGCAUUGUAGUGUGUCGGUCAUCCAGCCUAACCAAAUACAUCUUCAGUGACUGCCAUCAAACUGUGCUUCAGAGGCUGAAGGACAAUAUCACAAACUGCUUAACUAACUGUGACAGCAACAGUGCAUCAGUGUGCGUAGAGGAGCUGGACUGGGAAAAUGUGUCUGAUGAACAGCUGCAAAGAAUACAGGCCAGCACCAUCAUUGCCGCAGAUGUGGUGUAUGAUCCUGAUAUAAUUGCUUGUUUGGUGAGACUGCUGAGCAGGCUUCUGAACUGCAAAGUUCAAGAAGAACAUCCUGAUGUUUACAUUGCAUCUACUGUACGUAACCCACAGACGUAUGACUGCUUCAAGAAAGAAUUGGAAAUGGCUGGACUGAGACAUGUCGUUAUAAAAGAUUCUGUUCCUCAAGUAUUUCCAUACAACCGAGCCUCCACUAUAGAAAUGAUCAAAAUAUAUGCAUGACAGAAACUAUCUCUUUGU